UCAUAUUUGUAAUUUAGAGUUGACGUUUAUGACAGCUAUCAAAAUAAAUAACCGUUAAAACUUUUGAAUUAAAUAGUGAUAAAUUACAAGAAAAAUUUGUUGAUAACGAAUUUUUAUAGUAAUAGAAAUGGAUACUUUAAAGUUGUUUGAAGAAUCUCUACUGUACUUUUAUGAAGAAGUUAGAGUGAAUACAUAUAAAAACUGGAUUUUUGAUGAUAGUUCCGAUUGUAAUGUUGAAAAGAUGGCAGAAGCAGGAUUCAUUUUUGUUGGAGAUGAAGAUGAACGGGAUGCUGUGAAGUGCUUUUUUUGCAACAAACAUCUUGAUGGUUGGGAGUCGACAGAUAAUCCUUGGAAAGAGCAUUUAAAACAUGCACCAAAUUGCUCAUUUGCAAAACUAGAAACAUCUCAAAAUAAUAUAACAUUGGAUCAAGCUCUUAAACUGAGAAGGGACUAUUUAAUCAACAUACUCAAUGCUCAUUUCAAUGAUAUAGACAAUGAAUUGACAAAUACACUUAAAAAAGCUAAAGUGCAGAUAAAAAAAUCUUAAAUAUAGGCGUCAAAUUGUGAAUGAAUCAACAUUCUUGUGAAGGUUUAGAAUAUCUUGAUAUUAUGUUUCUUUUGUUAUUUACCAGUAGUGUCAAAUGUAUUCUGAGUGACGUUUUAAAGUAAUUAAGUUUAUUUUAUGUAUUAAGUGUGUUUAUUUUUUGCAUUACUCUCAAUAGAAAGUAUACUGUUUGAGUCAAGUAGAAACCUACAGAAAUUCUAGAUAGAUAUUCUAGUUUUCUGUAACACCUUGUAAAAGGUUCAAAAACUUUAUUCAAUCGUAUCAAAAUUCAUUAAAAUUUUUUGAGAAAAUACUGAAUAAUACUGUAUUUCAUUAUGAUUCUUCAGAAAUUGAGGGUAAACCAGGGGCUAUGCUGAACAUUCAGCAUUAUAUUCUAAUUUUACUAGUGCUGAAAGCAAGUUAACUUGGAGGAAAUAGAUCACCAGUAGGCCUCAUCAAGGAGCUGUUAAAUCUUGAAGUUGAAGUAAUAGCCGCUUUCCUCAGGUGCGUGUAAGUGGACAUAACAGCUCAUUUAUAAGGGAAAACUCUCCAAGAACCCUGCAAAAGCAAGGACCAUAACAAAUCCUCCUCCUCUGAGGGCUCUGAGCAAAUGGGUACUAUUUUCAAAGUAUCAGCUUUUACAGAUGUCGAGGCUGUGGUGAUCCAGGUAAAGCUUGUUAAGGGGCCAAAAACCCCAGGUUCUACGCCCAUCAAACGAGUUAGCCCCAAAAUCUGUAAAACUGAACACCCAGUAGGUAACUACGCAAAAUGUUAGGAGGAGGAAUGUCGAAUCUGCAGCCGGCUGUGAAAUGAGCAGGACAACGUGAUUCUGGCUUCACUAAAAAAAGUUUCUGGAUUUCAUUGACCAUCAUGCAGUCUCCACACGGUAGCAGAACCAAUCCGCUGUAUUUUCUCCCUCUUCAACUGGUUAGGAAUCAUAUCCUAAUUUCGUUAAAAGAUUCAAACCAAAACGCCUUUGGAAAUUCCAAGUACGGCGUAUAUGCUUAACGGUAACAGUAAAACUUAUUUGAGUUUAGAUUAUGCACAGUAGAAUAUUCAAGAAUGCCUAACAGAUAUUUAUUUAGGUGUGUAGCUGCUGCAUCUGGAUCUGUAGGAUCAAAUGAUUCAAAAAUAUUGUUUUUUCUUUGACAAUCAAUUGUGGAGAUAAACAAAAAAGCCCAUAAUUAUCAAUAUAUAACGUUUUAUAAAUUUAUUAAAACUAUAUAGAUAUUAUACCUCAUUUUAAAAGAUACAGUAUUAAAAACGAAAUUAUAUGAACUACAAAUAAAACUUUAACAAUA